AUGACCCUUGCUUCCAACAACCCCGUCGUCUUCAUCGCCUGCGUCGUCGGCCUCGCCUUUCUCAUCAGCAUGAUCUGGCUGGGCUUCCACAUCGCCCGCCGCCGCCUCUACCCCUCCAAGCCCGACGACCCCGAACAACAACAACAGCAACAACAACAACAACAGCAGCAGCAGCAGCAGCAGCAGCAGCAGUACUACAUGGACGGUGUGGUGCUCCGCCGGCACACGCUGUCCGGCAACCACCAGCAGCAGCAGCGGCAGAUGCAGAUGCAGCACCCGCCCGUGUACUGCGUCGACGACCUGGCCUGCCCGCCGCCGUCGUACCAGGCUGUCUUCGCGCGCGCCCGGCCGCCGUCCCCGCGCGAGAUGCACGUCCUCCGCGCGCGCCUUGAGAAGCUCCGCAGUCGUGGUCCUUCCAGUGGUGGAGGCAGCCCGGCGUGCGAGACGGCGAUUCGCGACUCGGAGAUUCGAACGCUCGCGCGGUGGAUUGACCGUCUGGAGAGGCUGCGCGCGCAGGAGGCGCAUCGGCAGCGGUUCGCGGUGGGCCGCCAUCGCCGUCCGGCUAGGCUCGUCUCGUCGGCGAGCGAGCCGGCGAGGCUACCGACGGUCGGGGGCGCGCCCGAGGAGGAGGAGGAGGAGGGGGCCCCGCAGGCGGCGUGGAUGCGGAGAUCGGCGACGGACCCGGGCUUGAUCGGCCUUGCGCGGUCGACGGGGGACGACGUGGCGGCGGCGACGCCGCCUCCGACGCCGACGGCCACGACGGUGGAGAGUCCGGCCCCGGGGGAGGUGGAUGUGAGGAUCACGGUGCUACGAGAGCAGCUGAUGCAGUCAACACCGAGCAGGUGUUCCGCAGAGCAGUGA